UUUAGAAGAACUGGCUUUCGUUAACUCCAAUGACCUGUGUAGGCAGGCUAUUCUAAGUCUUCCUUUAGAUCCGCCCCGCACUCUCCAGUCGAUGCUGCAGGUGUGCCAACUGAAGGUGCCUUUCCUCACACGGCGGAACCCACAACCUCCUUCUCAUCCGCCUUCUCAACAAAAGACUGUGCGUGCUGCAGACGCCGACCAACGCAAUCGUCGUCGUCCACCUCCACGACGCCCUUCCUCCGGCAACCGGCCCGGUCGCUGCUUUUUCUGUAAAGAGGAAGGUCACUGGACUGCGGACUGCCCCAAGCGACCAUCCCAGCAAAGGACUCCGACCACACCUCCGGGAACGCCUGUGCCUUCCCAUGCACACCAAAAAAACUAAAGGGGGAGCGCGGGUCCACCCAGCGUGAAGACCCCAAUCGGGUGGACCGGGCAGGGAAUUCAAAAGGGGGUCAAUCACAAGGAGACUUUUCACCGGACUGGACAACUCUUCAAAAGGACAUUGCCAAACCAAUACUCACCACCUCUUCCUUUUACGAACCCUACAGGUUGCAUCUCACCAGCCCGUUGCACCUGAAGGACAGGGACUUUCACUUCGUGACCAUCAACCCCAGGAAGUUGCGCCACUGGCCAAUGACCGGCGAAGUUUUAUUUUUCAGGCCCGGACCCAAAAUGCUGAGCCUCCCGACCAUCCUGCUCCUCACCAGUCUGCUAGCGAUGAACCAAGCAUGGAUUGUCCCGCAGCCUCGGACCAACGUGUGGGCUUUGCUAGCCAAGUCAUUGGGACAGGACCACAUCUGCCUCAAUGAAGCCUCCGCCUCUGACCCAAUGUCCACGUGCCUCGUGGGGAUCCCUUUCCAGAAACACGAGCUGCCCGAGAGAUUAUUGUACUAUGCACACCGAAUAAGCAAGGUAGCCCCCCGUGGUAAUGCUUUUAUCACCUGGAGAAAUUUCUUUUUCCAUUUACAAAAUUUGAAGGAAGAACCGCAGGAGCUGGAACUCCUCGGUUCGGCCAAAGCCCCCUACUGUAUUUAUUUCAGCAAUUCGGCGAACGCUUUAGACCCCAAAACGAAGCAUGUGGUGCAAUCUAAUGCACUGUAUCGUCCAAGAUCAUGGUGCAGAGGAAUUACCCAGGGAAUACUCCCCCCACAAAUUUAUAGUCACCCCAAGAAAUUACCCAAGGGAGUUUUCAUGAUUUGCGGUGAUCGGGCUUGGGCAGGCAUCCCCUCUCAUCUUUCCGGAGGUCCGUGCACCCUAGGGAAGGUAGGGCUGUUUACACCCAACAAAACUCAAAUUAUGGGAUGGAAGGAAAAGCAACAAAAACAAAGUGGUGCACAUGGAUUGGCUGUUUCUAAAAGAGAUCUUAAGACAUUGGAUCCUGAUUGCAACUCGGAAAUUAUUCAUUGGAGCAAGGCUAAAGGGGUUGCAAUCACAAUCUUUGCCCCAUGGGUCUCGAUUGCAAAGGCCAUGGGCGAAUUGGGACAUUUGGAAUGUUGGGUGGCGAAGCAAGCCAAUUUAACCUCCAGUACCCUAUUCAACCUCCUUCAAGAUGAGGACAUAACGAGGCAAGCCACCCUCCAAAAUCGGGCGGCCAUAGACUACCUCUUACUCCUCCACGGUCACUCGUGUGAGGAGUUUGAGGGUCUAUGUUGUUUUAAUUUAUCCACACGGGCAGAGAGCACACGGAGACUCAUUGAGCAGAUGCGAGGCAUGAUUGGUGACAUUAAAAAGGAAACAGAUGACUGGAUGAGCAAUAUUUUUAAGGGUUGGGGGCUUUCAGGCUGGGUCGGGUCAAUUUUAAGAACCUGUUUGUUAAUCCUAUUUAUUAUUUUAAUUAUCAGCAUUGCGUUCGGACUAAUCAGGAGAAUGUUGUUUAAGUUAGUUUCAAAUUCCACAUCUCUCCCCACUCCGGCUGCUGCUCGGGUCACCAUGGCCACGGCUCCUGAUGAAGACUUGGAGGAGUUUGAAGAGGAGUUUGAUGAGGAAGACAACGGCGAAAAUCUACCUCAUGAUCAGUGGCCAACACAGCAAGAAUGGUUCGCCGAAUGCUAUCCAGACUCCGAGUACCUGCCGGACCCCCCUCAGUUUCGUUCAUUUUAAUUAAAAGAAAAGGGGGAGAUGUGGCAGUGUUUUAAUUCAAUUAUGUUCUCUGUAAAAGUUUGGUUCUCUGUACCCUCACCCCCCCUCAUUAAUAUUCCUUUGUUCCUUCACUCUCCCUCACAGUGAGCUAUUUUUAGCCCACAUUUGUUAGAUGUGUCUGUUACCCUUCCCGCCUUUGUAACUCCCCUCCUACCCUCUCCUGAUUAGUCCACGUUAUGUAUCCCCACCCCUGGGUCCCUCAGCAACUGUUCCCGGUUGGCUAGUGAUAGCCAACCACUCCCCUUGCUCCUCCCAGCCAGCCCCUAACAAAAACCCACUGCACCCUCCCUGCCUCGGCCAGUUCUGGGCUGAGGAGGUGUUUUUAAUAAACCCUCUGCGCACUCAGAACUGACUCCUCCUUUCUUUCCACUGCCUGUCGCUUCAACACCGUUCACAAGAGCCUCUCAGGGAUAAGAACCCAAGGGAGUCAGCCCUGCCUGCGCUGCUUGCAGGCUGACCCCACUGAACGCCUGUCGCCGCGCCUGGGCUUGCCGGGGACAGAGUCGGUGGACUCUAGUGGGCACCGCGACAC